AUGCAACUUUUCCAAAUCACCGACAAACUGAUUGAAGAAAACCGCAAUAAUUUACCAGCACUCCAAGUUUUGGCUCGUUCUUUAACUCUCUUGAUCAAGAUCUACUACGAUCUUAAUUGUCAGGAUCUUCCUGAAUUCUGUGAGGAUAACUUACCAACAUUCAUGGGCUUAUUCGAAAAAUAUCUCGUCUAUCAGAACCCUUUAUUGGUUACCGAUGAUGAGGAAGAGGAAGGUCCCCUUGAACAAAUUAAGACUGGCAUUUGUUAUAUUCUUGAAUUGUACGCUUCUCGUUAUGAAGAUGCUUUCCCUCAAUUAGAACACUUUGUUCCUAUCGUUGUCGGUUUGUUGACCACCACCGGACCCGAGUCAAAAUAUGAUGCCAUGGUCUGUAAAGCACUCACUGUAUUGACCGCCAUUGUCAAGAUCGAACGUCAUUCUCAUAUUUUCGCCGAUCCUGUCCAGUUAGGCAACAUGUGUGAAAGAGUAGCACUCCCCAACGUUGGACUUCGAUUGGUUGACGAGGAAUUAUUUGAGGAUAACCCAAUUGAAUAUAUUCGUAGAGAUUUAGAAGGCUCCGACACCGAUACCCGUCGUCGUGCCGCAGCUGAUUUUAUUCGUGGGUUAAUGGAGCGUUUUGAAGCACAAGUGACCAAGAUCAUGUCUGAAUAUGUCACACGUUACUUGCAGACGUACAGCGCCAACCCCAAGGAUAACUGGAAGGAUAAGAAUACCGCCAUCUUUUUAUUGGUGGCUAUUGCUACACGAUCUGCCAAUAGUACACAAGGUGUGACCAAGACCAAUGAACUUGUGGAUGUGGUGGAUUUCUUUUCCAAGCAUGUCUUGUGUGAUUUACAAUCGGACGUCAACACGGAAAUUCCCAUCUUGAAGGUGGAUGCCAUCAAAUAUGUCUAUUCAUUUAGAAAUCAAUUGACCAAGGAACAACUCUUGACCGUCUUUCCUUUGUUGGUAAAGCAUCUUGAAUCCACGGAUUAUGUUGUACAUACAUAUGCUGCCAUUGCCAUUGAGCGUAUUUUGUUUAUCCGUCAAGGCAAAGCCAUGAUGUUCACAGCGGCAGAUAUUUUACCAUAUUCCGAAGCACUUUUAUCUCAAUUGUUUCGAUUGAUUGAAUUGGGACAAACACCCGAAAAGCUUUCCGAGAACGAUUAUUUGAUGCGAUGUGUGAUGCGAGUGAUUAUCACUAGUCGACAGGAUAUGAUGCCCUAUGUGAAUGUGAUUAUGGGCAAAUUAACCAACAUCUUAUCCAUUGUUACCUUGGCCCAUUUUGAAAACAUGUGUUUCGGACCUUUCCAGACGAUUCUUUCCCAAGUACCAGAGUUCAACCCUUAUGUCUUUCAAUUAUUGGCCCAAUUAUUGGAGCAACACAAGGGUACUGAAUUAACCGAUUCCUAUGUGACUUUAUUGGUUCCUCUCUUGAAUCCCGGUCUUUGGGAACAAGGUAAUAUCCCUGCCCUUGUUCGUUUAUUACAGGCCUAUUUAGAAAAGGGUAUCAACACCAUCUUGGCCAACAAUCAAUUGGAACCCAUCCUUGGUAUCUUUCAACAAAAAUUGGUCAAUUCUCGACAAUUUGAUCAUUAUGGUAUGCUUUUAUUGCACACCAUCACAUUACGUGUACCAAUUAAGAAGAAGGGAGAUGAUAUUUUGUUUGAUCGAUUCACGCGUACCUUUACAUUAUGGAUGAGUCUCUGUUUCUUGAUUGAGCCUAUGGGUGGACCCGAUACUAUUAUUAGAGUGUAUGAUGGAUUACAGCCCGGACUUUUUGGACAGAUUAUGGGAUUGUUUGUUGUCCCAGAUUUAAGCAAAUUAGUUAAACCUCUUGACCGUAAACUGGGUGGAUCGGGUAUGAUUCGAUUAUUGACGAAAUCUGACUUGAUGCUUGUGGAGCCCUAUGUCAGUCAAUUAUGGACUAAAUCUUUAUUAUCGUUAUUGGCGUUACUCGAAACACCCGUUGCGGUUGAAUCGGAUGGACCUGAUGAGUUGUAUACAUUUGAUCUUGAUGCGGAGGGGUAUCAAACGACGUUUGCUAAAUUAGCUACGAGUAACCCCGUUCCUCAAGAUCCUACAGCUGGAUUACCUGCUUGUCAAAUUUACCUUGCACAACAAAUCAUGACGAUGCCCGCUGAUAAACGAGCCAUUGUGAAGAACUUAUUGUUACAAUCUCCUGAAGCUACACAAUACUUACCACAAUACUUUCAAGCUGCCAAUAUCUCUUUGGACCAAUUGUAA